AUGGGCCGUAAAAAAUUGAGCCGCGCACGUGAAUCAAUCAUUAACUCUCUUUCACUUGUUACAAAGUCAGGCAAAUAUUCACUUGGUAUUUCCCAAACACUUAAAUCACUUCGCAAUGGCGAAGCAAAACUCGUAAUUUUUGCUUCAAAUGUUGCCCCUGCUCAUCGUUCUCUCAUUGAGUACUACGCUAUGCUCUCUGGUUGCGAUAUCCUUCCUUUCGAUGGUGAUAACGUUGAUCUUGGUACUGCUUGCGGUAAGUACUUCCGUUCAUCAGUCAUCUCUAUUAUUGAUGCUGGUGAGUCAGAGAUACUUAAGAUGAUUAAGCAAAAAGACGAAUAA